CACUUGAACGGCCAAAAAGUACUUUAAAGUUCAAAUAAACGAAAAAAAAAUUGCACGCGAGGCUUUGGCUACCAUCCACUCCCUUACCGUUGGGAAACGUAUAUCUGUUCAAGGCGACGGCAGGCAUCCACUCCCCGGCUGUUGGAUUUUUCACUCCUCUCAACUCUCAGAUCAUUCACUCCCGAGUUCCUCCAUUGCCGAUCCGCAGUGAGUUAGUGAGUGAGUGAGGAUGGCGGAUAGUGGAAUAGAGAUAGAGAAAGUAGAGUGGUUGGAUCCAGAGAUGGAGUUUCUGGCAUCGAAGCGAGAGACGGGGAAUGAGUGGGAGCUCUUUAAGGAGAAUGUUAGGCCCUUGAAGAGAGGCCGCAAAGUCGCCAUCUUAAACGAAGCUCUCAAAGUUCACAACGACAAUCAACUCAAGAUGUCCCUCCUUGACCAAAGAAGGCUGUUGAUUCAAGCGAUUGACGAGUAUAAAGGCGAGGAUCCUCUCCACCCAUGGCUUGAGUGUAUCAAGUGGGUUCAGGAAGCAUUUCCACCUGGUGGAGAUUCCUCGGGGUUGGUGGUGAUAUACGAGCAAUGCGUACGUACAUUUUGGCAUUCAGACCGUUACAAGGAUGAUCUCCGCUAUCUCAAAGUCUGGUUGGAAUAUGCUGAAAAUUGUGUAGAUGCUCAAGUCAUAUACAGUUUUCUUGAUGCAAAUGAAAUCGGGAAGACACAUGCGGUUUUCUACAUCUCGCGCCGGCCAAGGCAUGGCCACACGCGCAGCAUGUGCGUCAUCUUCGCCGGUCGCCGCCGUCUGGUUCACCAGAAUCUGGAAAAAGUCUCCGAUUUCUGGGUUGUUUCUCCUUCAAACCUUCACCAGAGACCUCGGGGAGUUGAGUGGAGGCCUUUAGACUUUCUAAAAACUUGUAACUCGCUCGUACCUCAUCGGGAAAAACUGAGUCGAGUUAGACCUUCUGAGUUUGACGUCCAAAACUCGGUCAAACCACGAUCCAAGGGUAUGGUUGUGUUCGUGGUGGUGAGACGAAUUCGAAGGUGUGGUUUUAAGGUCACGUUAAUGAGGUUUGAGGGUGGUUCAUCCUUGUUGCAGAGAGAAAGAGAGAAAAAAGAGAGUGAGAGUUGCUUUCUGAUUGGUGAGGUAAGAGAGGGAAGAGAUGUGAGUGGUGGAGAGGGAUUGGAGGGAUUUGAUUGGUGA